AUGACCUCCGAUGCAACACUGGAACAGGGGACGGACCAGACUUUGGCGAAAAGAGUACUGAGGAAGAUUGACAGACUACUGAUACCACUGCUUUUCACUACUUAUAUGUUCAAUUUUAUGGACAAAACCAUCUUGUCAAGCGCGUCCGUGUUCGGAUUGAGGAAAGAUACUGGUUUGGUUGGCCAGCAAUACAGCUGGGUAUCAUCCAUCUUCUACUUUGGUUACUUGGGAUGGGUAUAUCCAACAACUUUGCUCAUUGCUCGUCUGCCCGCUGCCAAAUACUUGACGGCCAACACAUUUUUCUGGGGUGCUGUAGUGGCUCUCACUGCAGCCUGCACAAACUAUGGCGGUCUCAUAACAGUUCGCUUCUUGCUUGGAAUUGCCGAAGCAACGAUUACGCCAGCGUUCAUGUUUAUCACCUCGACGUGGUACACGCGUGAUGAGAUUCCUACCAGGACAGGCCUGUGGUUUGCUGGAAACAGUGUUGGUGGUAUCCUCUCAAGUCUCCUCGCCUACGGGCUGGGCCACGUCAAAGACCACGUUGGACCGUGGAGAUGGAUGUUCAUCGUCCUCGGCUGUUCGACAUUCCUCUGGGGAUUCGCUAUCUGGAUUCUACUACCCGACUCAAUUUCCAAGGCCAAAUUCCUAACAGAAGAGGAACGUCAAUUCGCAAGCAACAGAGUGGUCGUCGCAGGCACAGGCUCAACAGAAAAGACCGCCUGGAGAUGGGACCAGUUCCUUGAAUGUCUAAUGGAUCCAAAGACAUGGCUUAUCUUCGGGCUGGAGCUUUGCACACAAAUCCCCAACGGGGGAACACAGAACUUUGCCAAUUUGGUGAUUGUCUCCUUUGGGUUCACAAGCCUGCAAUCGACGCUGAUCACCAUCCCUUACUCGAUAAUCACUAUCACCGCAAUCACCGGAUCGGGCUGGCUGGCAGGUCGUUUCCGCCACAUGAACUGCUUGCUUAUUGUGGUUGUUGUCGUCCCUUGCGUCAUUGGGAGUGCAAUUAUCUACUCCCGCGAGCAUAUCGUCUUAGGAGUGCAAUUGUUUGGAUAUUUCCUCUUGUCGACUGGACCUGCGGCAAUGCCGCUUGCCUUAUCGCUUGUGCAGUCCAAUUACCGUGGAGUCACUAAGAAAAUGACUGUCACUGCAAUGCUCUUCCUGGCAUACUGCGCUGGAAACAUUUCUGGGCCGCAGUUCUUCCUUAGUCACGAGGAGCCGCAUUAUAACACUGCGUUCCGCACUAUCUUGAUUUGCUAUGCCCUGGCUGUCGUGUUGGCGUUGACUCUGCGCUUCUACUUGCAGUGGUUCAAUGCUCGUCGUGUGCGUCUAGAGGGCUUUGUGGGUAGUUCUGGAAACGCGGGUGCCGUUGGUGGGAAGGCGUUGGAUUCUGACGAUUCGACAAAUGUGGCGGAUAUGGUGAACCGAGUUCAGUUAGUAUCAGAUGACUAUGAGGAUGUCACGGACUGGAAGACACCAGGUUUCAGAUAUCGUUACUAG